CGCAAUCUCAGCACUUUUGCCUUGCCUGUCCUGUCCUUCACAUUCGAGUGUGAAGGAGCACUCUCAAGUCCGGCACACAUCGAAGCUAUUGGAUGCUGGUGGCACUUCUGCGGAGGAGAAGGGCAGCAAGGACUGGGAUGCCAGCUAUAAAUGGGCUUUGAAUGCGGCAUCCAGGGAGUACGGCAUGGUACCACUUUCUCUCCGCCUGCUGGUUUUGUGUGAGCUAACAAUUGAAUGCAAGUACAAAGAGAUAACCCAGAAAACCAUAUCCAUAGUCAAUAAAUCCCAAAGGAUCUUUAAUUUAAAAUGGCAUACUUUUAAGAAAAGGUAUUUCAAAAAGUUUGGUUUUCAUUUCCAAGAAAGGUUCCACUGUGGCGCCCAUGCGAACCAACACACACUGUGCGGAAAUAUGUCAAAUUCAAUAACAGCCAAAGUGAUGUGCUUCCUGAUCCGCGCCCCUUGGAAACCCUUGUCCAGGAUGAAUCUGGCGAAGAAGAAGGAGCAGCAACUGUGGCGCCAAACUCUGGACAAUGGCAGCCAACUCUAUUUCCCUGCACCCCUCCCCGCUGUCCUGCAGCAGCCCCAUUCUACUGGCCUUAUAAAAAUGUACGAUUUCUCUUCAUUUGAUGAAACGAAAUACAAUUUCUCAACGAGCAACGCAACUGAACGCAAAAAAGUUGGUUGCAAUUGCAAUUUUCUUGCCAAAUCAGCGCACGCUGCUCGGUAUAUUGACAUUUUUAAAAGCCAAUAUUUCUCCGACUUGCAGAACCAUUGGCUUUCUUUUUGGCGCACAAGAAACACACACAAAAUUUCGUGCCAGAAGGGACCUUUGCUUCAGGAACUGCUCACCUGCAUUGCCCUCUAAUUAGCCAAGGUGGUUGGGUCAAUCCACCUUUCUGUGUCGCUGCAAUUACACUGAUUAAUGGCGGUUUUGGCACCCCUAAGAAUGCCUGCGGUCUGCCACCCAUCCCAGUCCCCUUUUCAACUAUUUGCUGCAGAGUGAGGCACCAGUGAACUGGGAAUGACAGUCGAAAGGAAACUUUUUGCUCGCCCAACUUUGGCAAGUGAAAACUGCGAACGCAAAUGAAAUUAGUCGAAACUAUUUGGGCAUUUCCGUGGCAAUGGGCCGGCCAUCCACUCCACGCCCAUUUCCAUAGGCAUCGACAUCCGCAUACUCGAGCGAUUUUACAUUCACGCUGGCAAAGUCAAGUUCGUGACGCGCGUUAUUUCUAAUUAUAUUGGGGAGGUUGCCAAAGACCACGCCUUAACUUUGCACUGGAAGAAAUGUGUGAAAAUUUCAAAUCAAACAAAUUCCUACAGAACGGCAACAUAGGAAUGUAUCUUUAAAUUGUUUUAUAGCAUUUUUAUUAUUUAAAAAAUUAUUUUGUAUCUAAGAAGUGCUCAAAAAUUUAAUUUCUAGAAAAAUAAUUGGUUCCGAUAAUUAAGUGUAUGUCAGCACGCUUUUUUCCUGUUCAAAUCCCAUCCUCCCCAGACUGGGCCCAAUUUGAUUUCCAUUUGGUCGUGAGCCGACUUCUUUUCCUGGCUCGUUUUUAGUAAUUUUAAUUGAAAAAAUUCUUCAAUUUUGCCAUC